GCCGUUACUAUGUAAGAUUACAAGAUAUGUCGAGUUAACGUUUCGCCAAGCAGGCGAGAAGGUGUUCAAGGUUUACACAGCCUUUCAUUCGCGAUCGAAUUACAUUGGUCUGCGGAACAAAGGAAGAGGUCAGUAUAAAGAGAAGUGUCAGCUGUUUUGCGUAUGCUUUCGUACCUCUUGCGAGCAGAAUCACAUACGCUAUGCCCAAUGACCAGAACAAGAAUCCGAACGCGGAAACAAGCGCGUCUUCCCUGCAAUCAGUGCCCAGAGAAGAGGAGAGCUGCCGGGUGUCCUGGUCCUCGCCAUCCUCUUCGCAGUGCCCCGAGGCCCGCAGUGUUCGCCAUUCCCCGUAUAUCAGUAACUUCACCGAGUCUUCAAUAUCACCCGGGGUCAACGACCCGCCUACAUUCGCAAACUCGAGUCUAAAUGGUGGAGACGGCGACGUUGCACGGUCCAAGGACGACAAAGUGCCGCCGCUAGGCAUCCCUGAAUUGGUAAGCGAUUCCGAGAAUGACCCCGCGGAUGACAACGUCUCGCUCGAUAAGCCCACUGGUAGCUGCAACGAGGAUGGGAGCAGCGAAGUCAUGUGUAGGAUCUGCCGUGAAGGCGUCGAAGAAGAACCGCUCGUGUCGCCUUGCAGCUGCUCUGGCACCAUUGGCUUCAUGCAUGUGUCCUGCCUCGAGCAUUGGCUUAACAGUCAGAACGUGGACGUCUGCGAACUCUGCGGUCAGCGUUUCCCGAUGGCGGCCCAACCUAGAAGCGUGCUUAGGUUCUUCCACUAUAUUUCGCAGGAUGGGUGGCUGUGGCGGGCGCUGCUGGGCGACCUUUUAAUCUUGUUUCUCUUGAUUAUGGUCACAGUAAUUUUGGUCGCCUUUAUGCUGCAGUCAUUGUUGUCGGAAGAGCGUCAGUGGGGUAGUUUUGUCGAAUGGGUUUCCAUUGGCGUCAUACUGUGUUACAUCAGUUACUUCUUACUCUGUUGCUACAUAGGUAUGUUCAACAAGCUGCGUGAUUGGCACCAUAGGUUCAUGGCGUGGCAGUUAGCGCAUCCGGUGCGCCGGAUCAGGACGAUGCCUUCCGCAAGAGAAAGCACCCUUGGCCGGCCAGAACGCAACGACGAGCGGGCAGCAGGAGACCCAGCCACGCCAAGUUGGCGUCGCCGCCGAUAGCAUCAGCAAGAGAAAACCGACGACUUAACAUCACGAUGGCGGCGAUCAAUACAAGCCGUUUCAACCACCGCCAAAAACUCUUUGCAAGCAGACCACCCAUCUAUGGUUACUCCGUGCUUCAGACAAGCUACGUGUUUGUGGCGUUCGCAGGCUUUAUCUACAUGACAGCGUUUAAUGCAUCAGCGAUGUUCAUGGUGCUUCCAUUUUAUUAUGUCAUGCUAUCUGGUAUGCAAUUUAUUUCAUGCUCAUGUGCUAGAUAAUCGCAUCAUUUCCUGUAUUUUAGUAUUUUAUUACUCCACCGUACUCGGAAUAAAAUCCCGGUUUUAUGUCUAUUAAAAGGUGUGCAUAAUUGUU